AUGGCUGCGACUUGGAAAAUAUUUCCGUCAGUUUGUAACUUCAACGCAAGAGCAAAGCCGCAAAACCCAAAAGCAAAGUCGCAAAACCCAGCUCUGCAUUUGGCCUCAAUUCUGAAGAAAGCAACAUCCUUUAAACGCAACCAAGCAGCGAGACCAAAUCACAGCAGCACCCACAAGUCACAAGUCAAUUGGCAAGUAGGAAAGAUAGAGAAAAGCCCAAUUUUAUCUACAAAGGAAAUGGUUCAAAUAUUAGAGCGGGAGGACACCCACAAAGCUCUAGAAAUAUUCAAGUGGGCCGAGGGACAUGGACCUUACAAACAUGAUCUUUAUACCUACAGAGUCAUGAUUCAGAAACUACUUUCUGUAAAGAGGUAUGAAGAAGCAGAAAACAUGCUCAAUGAGAUGACGGCAAAGGAUUUCCGAUGCAAAGAGCCGAGUGUGUUCAAUAGCUUAAUCAGGAGCUUUAGCGAGGCAUCAAUGAUGGAAGCAGCUUUCAAGGUUUAUGAUCGGAUGCAUGAUUUUUGUGAGCCCAAUGUUGAUACGUUUAAUGCUCUUCUGAAUGCACUGGUGCAAAACAAUAGUUUUGAAAUAGCUAUUUCGUUCUUUAAUAAAUUGGUCUGUGCCAACGUUCCUGCCUCUGUUACGACUUUCAAUAUUGCCAUGAAUGCACUUUGCAAGGCUCACAGGGUAGAGGAUGCUGUUGAGCUCUUGAGGCAAAUGCCUAAACAUCGUUACCUGCCCGAUACAUAUACUUACAAUACUCCAAUAAGAGGAUUUUGUGACAAAGGAAAUACCGAAGAAGCAGUUGAGUUACUCGUCGAGAUGACAAGUAAGAAAAUUAAUCCCACUGUUAGAACUUUGAAUACUUUGGUUCAUGGCUUUUGCAAGGCAGGAGAUCCCAAGAGAGCUUUGGAAAUAUGCAUUGAGUUUUUGACCACGGGUUCAUUUGCCAACGUUGUUACCUACACUUUGCUGAUAUGGGGCAUGGCCAAAGAGGGAUACAUUGACCAAGCUGUAGAAAUUGUACGCCAGAUGCCAGACAGGGGUUGCUCUCCAAAUGUGUUCUCGUAUUGCUCUCUCAUGGUCCGUUCCUACAAAUAUGGAAGGUUUUCUAAUGUUCAGAAUAUUUUCGAUGAAAUGAUGCAAACAUUCAGUUUCCCGGGGGUGGUCCCCUUCAAUAUAUUGAUGAAUAGCCUUUGUAAGGAAGGGAAGUUGGAAGAAGCAUCUAGGGUUUUGGAUAGAAUGGAUGACAAGGGAGUUCAUCCUAAUGCUAUUACUUACACAACAUUAAUUAGUGGAUACUGCAAAUCAGGUAAUAUAGAUAAGGCUAUGGAAUAUGUAAGCCGAACGAAGGCAGAGGGUUGUACCCCCAACAUCACAACUUACACUACCUUGAUACAUGCUAACUUUAAAAAGUGUGACUGGGGGGAGGCCGAGAAGAUUUUAAGCGAGAUGCUUAGGAGUGACUGCACACCUGAUCUUGUAACAUACAACGUCUUCAUAUAUGGUAUGUGUAAAGAAGGGAAACUGCAGAAAACUGCCAGGGUGGUUGAUGAGAUGUUGGACAAUGGUUUCCCUCCUGACGUUUUUACGUACAGCAUUGUGAUUCAUGCUUUGUGCAAGGGAGGCAAUAUGGAUGAGUUAUCAAACAUGAUACUUCUAGUGGCGGUUGUGGGAAGGGAUAAUUUUUGCGUCCAAGAAUGUUGCUCUAUGGUGAUUCCUUCAUCCUGUGGUAUCUUGCGACUGCAAAUGGUAGCAACGGCUGCGACUUGGAAAAUAUUUCCGUCAGUUUGUAACUUCAAAGCAAGAGCAAAGCCGCAAAACCCAAAAGCAAAGUCGCAAAACUCAGCUCUGCAUUUGGCCUCAAUUCUGAAGAAAACAGCAUCCUUGAAACGCAGCCAAGCAGCGAGACCAAAUCACAGGAGCACCCACAAGUCACAAGUCAAUUGGCGAGUAGGAAAGAUAGAGAAAAGCCCAGUUUUGUCUACAAAGGAAAUGGUUCAAAUAUUAGAGCGGGAGGACACCCACAAAGCUCUAGAAAUAUUCAAGUGGGCCGAGGGACAUGGACCUUACAAACAUGAUUUUUAUACCUACAGAGUCAUGCUUCAGAAACUGCUUUCUGUAAAGAGGUAUGAAGAAGCAGAAAACAUGCUCAAUGAGAUGACGGCAAAGGAUUUCCGAUGCAAAGAGUCGAGAGUGUUCAAUAGCUUAAUCAGGAGCUUUAGCGAGGCAUCAAUGAUGGAAGCAGCUUUCAAGGUUUAUGAUCGGAUGCAUGAUUUUUGUGAGCCCAAUGUUGAUACGUUUAAUGCUCUUCUGAAUGCACUGGUGCAAAACAAUAGUUUUGAAACAGCUAUUUCGUUCUUUAAUAAAUUGGUCUGUGCCAAAGUUCCUGUCUCUGUUACGACUUUCAAUAUUGCCAUGAAUGCACUUUGCAAGGCUCAUAGGGUAGAGGAUGCUGUUGAGCUCUUGAGGCAAAUGCUUGAACAUCGUUACCUGCCCGAUACAUAUACUUACAAUACCCUAAUAAGAGGAUUUUGUGACAAAGGAAAUACCGAAGAAGCAGUUGAGUUACUUGUCGAGAUGACAAGUAAGAAAAUUAAUCCCACUGUUAGAACUUUGAAUACUUUGGUUCAUGGCUUUUGCAAGGCAGGAGAUCCCAAGAGAGCUUUGGAAAUAUGCAAUGAGUUUUUGACCACAGGUUCAUUUGCCAACGUUGUUACCUACACUUUGCUGAUAUGGGGUAUGGCCAAAGAGGGAUACAUUGACCAAGCUGUAGAAAUUGUACGCCAGAUGCCAGACAGGGGUUGCUCUCCAAAUGUGUUCUCGUAUUGCUCUCUCAUGGCCGGUUCCUGCAAAUAUGGAAGGUUUUCUUGUGUUCAGAAUAUUUUCGAUGAAAUGAUGCAAACAUUCAGUUUCCCGGGGGUGGUCCCCUUCAAUAUAUUGAUGAAUAGCCUUUGUAAGGAAGGGAAGUUGGAAGAAGCAUCUAGGGUUUUGGAUAGAAUGGAUGACAAGGGAGUUCGUCCUAAUGCUAUUACUUAUACAACAUUAAUUAGUGGAUACUGCAAAUCGGGUAAUAUAGAUAAGGCUAUGGAAUAUGUAAACCGAAUGAAGGCAGAGGGUUGUACCCCCAACAUCACAACUUACACUACCUUGAUACAUGCUAACUUUAAAAAGUGUGACUGGGGGGAGGCCGAGAAGAUUUUAAGCGAGAUGCUUAGGAGUGACUGCACACCUGAUCUUGUAACAUACAACGUCUUCAUAUAUGGUAUGUGUAAGGAAGGGAAACUGCAGAAAACUGCCAGGGUGGUUGAUGAGAUGUUGGACAAUGGUUUCCCUCCUGACGUUUUUACGUACAGCACUGUGAUUCAUGCUUUGUGCAAGGGAGGCAAACUAGAUCAGGCUAGAAUGAUACUGAAAGAGAUGGAAAUGGAAGGGUCUUUUCCAAAUGUUGUUACGUACACAUCCAUGAUAUAUGGGUAUGGAAAGCAGGGUAAGUUCCAUGAAGCCAUUAAGGUGCUUGAAGAAAUGCGCUCAAAGCAUUGUGUUCCUGAUUUAGUCACAUUGAGCACAUUGAGUAAUGCUUUUGGUGGUGAAUUCAGUGUUGAGCUGUGAUAUGAGUUCAUAAAAGACCGGUAUGAUGUUUAAAUUGGUGGCAAUUUUUCACAAAUGAUUGGAUACUAAUUCUUUUAUUUCAAGGUUUGUGUUGGAUUGGCCCUCUGGAUAUACCGCUUGAGAUAUAAAAAAAUCCUAAAUGACGUGCAAGAAGUUGAGCAGCUCAAUUAAUUUACUGAAGGUGUUUUUAUCAACUUCUUUUCCAAGGAAUGUAGUUUGCACAAGUCCAUGAUGCAGUUAUUGGCAAAAAAUGUUUUUUUAUUCUACUAUUAUAAUAAGAGUGCAGAAAUAUAUGGGAGACGCAAUGAUUUUGCUUAAUUUUGUAAUAUAAGAGGUAAAAUUACAGAGUUUAAUGAUAAGUUACCAGGUUGCAUUAUUGAUACAUGCAACAAGGUCGAGGCUCCAAAAACCAUGGAUAUUUGCUUCUUUACGACUUUGACUCAGAAAUCUCCUCUGAAUGUCUGAGACAAGCUAAGCAAUGAAUAUCUGGGAUCAGAUUUGAAGCAUGACACGCCCUCCGGCUCCACAUGAAACGCUUUUGACCCGGAGCUAUGAACCUGUGAGGCCGCAAACGGGGGACCUCAUUCCCACACUUCACUUGUUCAAUCCCGCGAGCACAACGGCCUAGCGAAGACACAAGGCCUGCGAGCACAAUGGCCCAGCAGGGAUCUGAACCUUGGUGGCCGCUUCACCAACAAAGUGUUUUAACCGCGACACUACAUGUCUGAAGACUGGUCUGUACUUCCUUAAAUCUCAGCAUUAAUCUUAUUUUAUUGGCAGCAUAUGGAGAUCACAUAAUAAAAAGAAGACUUUAUGGGCCUCAGUGGCAGCCCACAAGAAAAGCUGAUUGCAGCUUCUUUUUAUCUAAAGUUUUAAUAUUGUAUGUACAGUAAGGGGGAACAGAGUUGUAAUAGAGGUGACUCACUUUCUGCUGAAUGAAAACUAUAUGGUUUAUAAUACCUGCUUCCGUACUGCAGCUUGCUGUACAUGUUCUAUUUGAGUGAUAGACAAAUCUGAUUGGCUUAGGAUUUAAAUAAAGGAAAGAGAUCGUACAGCUGGUUGAAAAGGUAAUUUUAUCUCUGCUGUUUUGUUCCAGGCAUACUUCUGAUUUUUUCCA